GGAGAAUUGGAAAGCCAAGGGUAGCCUCGGGGGGCGGGCGCUCUGGAGUGGCGGGUGCUCGGCCUGCUGUCGGCUCAGCCAGGAGCACCGAGCAGCCGGGCCGCCAAGCCGCCAAGCCGGGCCCGCCGCCCUCCUCCUCCAUGAGGCCCGAGUGAGGCGCGGCGGCUACAGCCGACCCGCGGCGCCUUCCCCCCCGCGUCCUAUCGCGAGCGCAGCGGCAGCGGCCCCUGGAGGAGGAGGCGGAGGAGGAGGAGCAUGUCGGACGGUUUCGAUCGGGCCCCAGGUGCUGGUCGGGGCCGGAGCCGGGGCCUGGGCCGCGGAGGGGGCGGGCCUGAGGGCGGCGGUUUCCCGAACGGAGCGGGGCCUGCUGAGCGGGCGCGGCACCAGCCGCCGCCGCAACCCAAAGCCCCGGGCUUCCUGCAGCCACCGCCGCUGCGCCAGCCCAGGACGGCCCCGCCGCCAGGGGCCCAGUGCGAGGUCCCCGUCAGCCCCCAGCGGCCUUCCCGGCCCGGGGCGCUCCCAGAGCAAACGAGGCCCCUGAGAGCUCCACCUAGUUCACAGGAUAAAAUCCCACAGCAGAACUCGGAGUCAGCAAUGGCUAAGCCCCAGGUGGUUGUAGCCCCUGUAUUAAUGUCUAAGCUGUCUGUGAAUGCCCCUGAAUUUUACCCUUCAGGUUAUUCUUCCAAUUACACAGAAUCCUAUGAGGAUGGUUGUGAGGAUUAUCCUACUCUGUCAGAAUAUGUUCAGGACUUUUUGAAUCAUCUUACAGAGCAGCCUGGCAGUUUUGAAACUGAAAUUGAACAGUUUGCAGAGACCCUGAAUGGUUGCGUUACAACAGAUGACGCUUUGCAAGAACUUGUGGAACUCAUCUAUCAACAGGCCACGUCUAUCCCAAAUUUCUCUUAUAUGGGAGCUCGCCUGUGUAAUUACCUGUCCCAUCAUCUGACAAUUAGCCCACAGAGUGGCAACUUCCGCCAAUUGCUACUUCAAAGAUGUCGCACUGAAUAUGAAGUUAAAGAUCAAGCUGCAAAAGGGGAUGAAGUUACUCGAAAACGAUUUCAUGCAUUUGUACUCUUUCUGGGAGAACUUUAUCUUAACCUGGAGAUCAAGGGAACAAAUGGACAGGUUACAAGAGCAGAUAUUCUUCAGGUUGGUCUAUAUAUUUAUCUGCAUGCCCUCUUUUCUAAUCCUAUGGAUGACAAUUUAAUUUGUGCAGUAAAAUUAUUGAAGUUGACAGGAUCAGUUUUGGAAGAUGCUUGGAAGGAAAAAGGAAAGAUGGAUAUGGAAGAAAUUAUUCAGAGAAUUGAAAAUGUUGUCCUAGAUGCAAACUGCAGUAGAGAUGUGAAACAGAUGCUCUUGAAGCUUGUAGAACUCCGGUCAAGUAACUGGGGUAGAGUCCAUGCAACUUCAACAUAUAGAGAAGCAACACCAGAAAAUGAUCCUAACUACUUUAUGAACGAACCAACAUUUUAUACAUCUGAUGGUGUUCCUUUCACUGCAGCUGAUCCAGGUUACCAAGAGAAAUAUCAAGAAUUACUUGAAGGAGAGGAGGACUUUUUUUUUUCAGAUUAUGAAGAAAAUGGAACAGAUUUAUCCGGGGCUGGUGAUCCAUACUUGGAUGAUAUUGAUGAUGAGAUGGACCCAGAGAUAGAAGAAGCUUAUGAAAAGUUUUGUUUGGAAUCAGAGCGUAAGCGAAAACAGUAAAGUUAAAUUUCAGCAUAUCAGUUUUAUAAAGCAGUUUAGGUAUGGUGAUUUAGCAGAACACAGGAGAGCAAGAAAAUGUGUAACACCUAUACCAAAUUAAGGAUGUUGAGUUAUGUUACUAAUGUAUGCAACUUUAAUUUUGUUUAACACUAUCUGCCAAAAUAAACUUUAUUCCCUAUAACUUAAAAUGUGUAUAUAUAUAAAAUAGUUUAUUAUGUACAGUUAAUUCUACUGUUUUGGCUGCAAUAAAAUCGAUUUUGAAAUAAAUGAAAUGUUGAAAAUUUUGCUAGUUGGUUAGAUGCUUAUCCUUUAAAUUCUACUUUUCUUGAGGAGAAAAAGUCUUCGUCUGGAAAUACAUAUUACUGCAAAAAUGUAGCAUCCUUUUUUAGGUAGGAGUAUUAUGGCUUUCAUUUUAGUUUUUACGUUUAGUAUCCCAAUGAAUUGAAUUUCCAGUAUGAAUCAUAAUCUUGAAAAUCUUUAGCACUAAAGUCUUGGAAUGUAUCAACAACUGACUUACAUAUGCAGAUGCUAUUUGAUACCAGGGGCUUUUUAAAUGUCAUGGGGCGGCGGGGGAAAAAACCCUAACUUGGUGAACUCCCAACUAAACAACCAAGACUUCACUGAAGAUUUAUUCCAAUUCUAGAAUUGUUUUUUUUUUGUUUUGUUUUGUUUUCUCAGCUGACCAAAUUCAUUACUUUAAAGCCUAGAACAUUAUUCUGCUUUAUUUAUAUGGCUUUCUCACUUUUAUUUUGUAGCAUGGGUUGCAUCGACUUUUUUACUAGAGAAUUUUACUAGAUAUUUGUCAUUCAAGUUUUCAUCUGCUUUAUAAUUGAUACACCUUGAGGGUCACUUUUCUAAUACUUUUACUAUAAUGUGGUACCACCUCAGCCCUAAUAAAUAAUAUUUUUACCUAAUGUCAGAUCUUUUUCCAGCUAACUAAAAAUAAAACUAUGUACAAAAGGAUUGCUUGUAAAUAUGCAUGUAAAUAGUUCUGUUAAUAACCUACUGUUUUACAUUUGGUACAUCUGUGUCUGCUAAUACAGUUAGCUUUCUCACUUUUCUGCUUGUUUGUUCAGUCUGAAUUAAAAUUAGACUUUGAAAAUAAAGCUUAAAUAGUUCUGUUUCCU